GGUGCGGGACGUGCGCGAUACAAAGCUGUCUGAUUCUGUGAUAUCGCUCAUUCUUGGGCGCGCGCGCGCAGUCUGGAGGCGAUGAUCCUUUGGUUGUAAUCCUUCAUCGCUUUGGGAAUGUGCUGGUUCGUGUCAAGCGGGGCGGCAUGGUCGCAUUCAGGUUCACCGCGCAAUGCGGUACUUAUGCUAGGUACUGGUAUGUUAAGGCUCUCGGCGAGCGUUACAGUGAGGCCAGAGGAAUGCGCUGCUCUCGAGUCUCAGCGCAGGUGGAUGGAUGUCUCAAUGCUGGCGCCACAGAGGCGGCUGUGUCUCACACUAGCUCAUCGACUCAUCUGACCUCCGUGGCCCUUGGCUACGGAUCCACCGAGCAUCGGCCACCGACUGCCGAGCACGGACCACGCCCGUCCAUUACCUCUCACACUACACUCACCAUCUGUCAACCACGCCCAUCUACCAUCCACCUACCGGUCACCGAUCACCAUCCACCAGUCACGCCAGAGGUCUACACUCGCCCCGCGAGAUGCCGAAGCCCUCAUCCGCCUUCCACUGCGCAGGAACGCGACUCGCCGUGCGAGACUCGUCGAGCCGUCGUCCGUUCAUCCUCGUGAUGGCGCUGAAGACGGUCCUCGAGACGACCCUGAAGAUGCUCCUAGGGACGACCCUGAAGUUUCUCUAGAGACGACUCGGAAGAUGUCGAGGUGAAUUGGAAGAUGGUCUUCAAAACCACUCCGGAGAUGGUCCUGUAG